AUGGAAGUUGAACCGUCAGGACCGACAAGGGCUCCUCAGGCCUGCCUAGCCUGCAGGAAACAAAAGCGACGAUGCGACAAAGCGCUGCCGAGCUGUUCGUUGUGUGUCCGCAUGUGCCGGACUUGCGACUAUAGCGACACCAACUCAAGCCCCGGUUCAGAAGACUUCGCCAUGUUGAGGCAGAAACUUGCGGAUUUGGAAGCUCGUCUUGACGGCCGGCGUUCUGGCUUUGGGUGGUACGAGCCGAUACGGUCUAUCAAUCGGGGUUCAACGGAGAAUAGCAACGGCUUCACUUGUGGCAACAGCUCAUUUCCAUCGGCCGCCUUUUUUCUCGACGCCGAAGUCUUUGAACAAGCCAGGAUGACCAUCCCACGGCCUUCUCUGGCCAUUCCUACAGAAGUCAUGGCAACCCUGGGGAUCUCAAUCCGAGACAUACGCGACAUUGUGGACCGAUAUUUUGCCAACAUUCACACCUGGCUGCCUUUUGUCUCGAAGAGGCGGCUGGAUCUGGCUCUUUCAAAUCCCAGCCUCGACCUUUCCGCCGAUUGCGCACUGCUCCUUCUUGCCAUGAAGCUCAUCAUCCAAGCUCCGUCCGGCGAUCCACAAAGUAUGCGGUCACCUCUCUACGCGUUGACAAAACAGAAUUACGCAAUGGUCGAAUCUGAAGGGUUGAUUUCCCUACAGACGUUGCAAGCAAACAUUUUGAUCGCCGUCUUUGAAAUAGGCCACGCGAUCUACCCGGCGGCUUAUAUGACCACCGGCCAGUGUGCCAGACUGGGCCAUGUCCUGGGGAUCAAUGACCGCAACCAUGCACAUCAGUAUUUCCGGCGGCCACCGGUCUCCUGGGCAGAAGUGGAAGAGGAAAAGCGUACAUGGUGGGCGACAAUGCUACUGGAUCGUUAUGUCAAUCUAGGUGGUGGUGACCAUAUGCCUUUGGCCACCGAAGACGCUUCCCGGAGCGACGUGCUCCCGGCAGACGACGAGAAGUGGGAUGCCGGCGAGGUCACAACCAGUGAACCGUUAUACGUGUCUUCGCCCACAAACGUCAAGACUGCACCGUUUGCUCGAACAUGCCAGGCCACCCAUUUGCUUGGUAAAAUGUUCCGGUUGUUGAAUGAUCAACUAUCUGACGCGCCGCUACGGUUCACCGAGGCAAUGCACCUCUGCCGCACGCUUCAGGCCUUGGCCAGAUUACUACAAGCCGAUUUCCAACAGUCGCCAAUGCGCUAUGGGACUGCCUUCGCAUUAUGUCACGGUGCUUUGCUGCAUCUCUGCGAUCCUUUCUCAUGCACAGAAUCGAACCGCGGCGACCACCCGGUGGAAGAGACCGAGAUGCAGACUCUUGCCAUUGCAGCGGGAAAAGCCACCGUUACGGAGAUCCUAGGCUUCAGUCAACUCCUAAUGGAUUUCAUGGUGGCCAAUCCGGCUGCCAUCAGUCCGUUCCUCGGUGAUUGUCUCUACUCGACGGCAGGCACUUAUGCAUGGCUUGCUUAUGAGUCAGGUCUCGUGGAGAUGGGUGAUUCGUAUCGUAAAAUCCGGAAAUUGCUCGAAACCAUGAACUCUCGAUGGACGGUUGCUGGCCACUACCUGAGCCUCCUCGAUGAAGCGAAAGAGAAACUAUACCCUAACUGCUUACUCUUAUGA